UGUUACGGGUCAAGGGACAGGCAAAGAGUCCUCACUCAGAAUUCACUCGUCACUGGCAGCAGGUCCAGUGCUCUGAGGAGUAGGAGGCAAGAGGGGCUCCAAGGCCUAGGACUGAACUGGAUGCCCUGAGAUACACAGCUUCCUGCUCUCCUGGCUGAGCUAUUUAGGCUGCCUGCCCUGUGCCUGUCUCUGCUGGGCGUGGGAUCUGAAGCCACCUGUGCCCACACCUGUGGGAAGGGGGUUAGGAAGGGGACGAUCUGAGCCGUCCCAACCAGCUCCCGAGACCCCAAGUGAGACAGAGCAUUUUGAGGGCUGGCAGGUGAGAGCCGUAAAUCAGAUUUCACCAAUGAAGGCCUAAUUAUUAGCUAGGCUAAGUGCUUUGGGAGAAAAGUUUCGGGAGCAGUAAGAGGCAGAGCCUUGCAGACCAGGGAAGACUUCUCAGGGGAGGUGCUUCCUACACCGAGGUCAGAGCACUGAAGGUACUAUGGGCCAUUACGAAGACUUGGGCUUGAGUCCAGGGUAGUUUUAACAAGGGAAGGAGUAUGACCAGAAUUCCAAUUUUUCUCCCCCUCUGCUGAGCACAACAUCCAGGUGACCGCGGAUGCCGGCUGAGAUGAACAGCAGCAGGGAAAAGAUGUGCGCAGGGGCUGCGGCAGGAACACUGCAGAGAACCGAUCAACAUUCUGACAGUUCUAAAGGGGCAGUGGGACUCGAUGUGAGACCGAGAGUUGGGCAGGGCACAGGCGAAAGUGAAAGCAGCCGAGUUCCUGAGUCCGGAGUCCACGGAGGUCUUUCUGCGUCCCCUACUCCUCUGACCGACUCCUCUCCGUCUAGUCCCCAAUCCGUCUGCCCAGAGAUGCUGAAGCCAGCCCUGGAGCUGCGAGGGGGCUUCUCUUUCGAGAACUGCCAGAGAAACACAUCGUUGGAAGGGCUCCUCCCGGAGUUCCGAAUCCCUCAUGCACGAAAAACCGGGACCACCAUCGCGGGCCUUGUGUUCCGCGACGGGGUCAUCCUGGGCGCCGAUACGCGGGCCACCAACGAUUCGGUGGUGGCGGACAAGAGCUGCCAGAAGAUCCACUUCAUCGCCCCCAACAUCUACUGCUGUGGGGCUGGAGUCGCCGCGGACACCGAGAUGACCACGCGGAUGGCUGCGUCCAACAUGGAGCUGCACUCGCUGGCCACAGGCCGCGAGCCACGCGUGGCCACGGUCACCCGCGUCCUGCGCCAGACCCUCUUCCGGUACCGGGGCCACGUGGGCGCAUCGCUGAUCGUGGGCGGAGUAGACCUGCAUGGACCGCAGCUCUACGGGGUGCACCCUCACGGCUCCUUCAGCCGGCUGCCCUUCACCGCUCUGGGCUCCGGCCAGGACGCGGCCCUGGCGGUGCUUGAAGACCGGUUCCAGCCGAAUAUGACGCUGGAGGCCGCUCAGAGCCUGCUGGUGGAAGCCAUCACCGCAGGGAUCCUGGGUGAUCUGGGCUCCGGGGGCAGUGUGGAUGCAUGUGUGAUCACAAGGACCGGGGCCAAGCUGCUGCGGACGCUGAGCUCACCCACAGAGCCCUCGGAGAGAGUCAGCCGCUACCCCUUUGCACCUGGAACCACAGCUGUCCUGACCCAGACAGUGAAACCACUGGACCUGGAGCUACUGGAGGAAACCGUGCAGUCCAUGGAGGUGGAGUGAAGCGGGCUGAGGUUUAGCACUUAGGACGUUUAGUGCUCUGGACGAGGGUGAAUAAACCCAGAAUAUGAAACCA